GUAGGUGUCUCGUUUAGGAGUACUGCCAUUUGGCUGGGAGAGAGCCGAAACCCAAGAAGGAAUACCAUACUAUAAGAAUCACAGCAAUGGAAGAACACAAUGGGAACAUCCAGUACUGACAGUACUAUUCAAGGAACUAAGGACACUAGAUGUCAUUUGACCAGCUUAUGGUGCAUACAGAGUAGCUAGCAAACUGACGAAACUUCAAGUCAUUACAAAUUUGCAUAAAGUGAGCAAGGAGAAUGUAUGGAAGUCAUUGAAAGAUAUGAAUCUAACUGAUCAAAUGGAGAGUAAUCUCAGUGUCUCAGAGAUAGAGACUCUCUUUGCUAAGAUUUUUUACAAAACAUGCGAACAAAAUAAAUUGGAAGCAAAUGAAGCUAAGGCCUCCAUUGAGAUAUCCUUGAGUUGGGCCUUGAAAUGCUAUGACAGUGGUAGGACUGGUCGUGUCUUAUUAAGAUCUCUUCUUGCUGGUUUCCUUAUACUAACCACAUCUUCUAUCAUCAGAAAAUACAAAGAUUUGUUUAAAUUGUAUGCUAUCAAUGGUCACAUGACUAAUGAGAAACUGGCUUUCUUGCUAAGUGAUGUCCUAUUGUUGAUUGAUACUAUUGAUGAGCAAGAAAUGUUCAAUGGUGACGACAUACCAGGGACCAUUGCUUCAUUGAAAUCGUUGUUUCAAAAUAGUGAGGAUAUUGCUGAAAGACAAUUUAUUGAAUGGCUCAAGAAAGAACCACAGCUGAUAGUGUGGCUGCCUACACUGUAUUUAUACAUAUAUUUAUAUAUCUAGCUAUCAUAGAUCAU